CGCACAUCGAUUAUCUCUGCUAUCGAUUAUAAGAGUCUGCUGUGUUUAUCCGUGUACAAUGGCCGACGGCAGCAUGGGAACUGAAUCUGCAGAACCAAACCGAGAGGAACCUUAUCUUUACCGAGGAAGAACCAAAUGUUCCCCGGAGGAAGAGGCGAGACUGGAAAGACAACACUUCUGGAAAAUUAUCAACGCGUUUAAAUAUUACAGGACCCAUGUUGAGGAGAGUCUGAAGCGGUGUGAAAGACAGUUCCUCAGUCUUCCUCUGCGCCAUCAGCAGCUCCUCUCUGGCUUUCUGGAUAAGCUGGCCGAGAUCCGACGCUGUAUGGAGUGCAACCACCAGGUCCUUAAGGCCAUCGUCCGGAACUGCACGCACAUGUUCGAGAACAUGGAGUAUGAUGAGGAUGUAGGUGAAUCCCAGUCAGAAUCAGGAUGCAUCAAGCGUAGUGCUGUGCUCAGCAUCAGUGUUUUCCCUGUUGGACAGGACAACGUAAGGAGAGCUGGGCCUUCUUCAACAUUCGACAUGGACAAGCUGAAAUCCACCAUUAAGCAGUUUGUGCGUGAUUGGAGUGAAGCAGGCAAAGCAGAGAGAGAUUCCUGCUACAUGCCCAUCAUUGAGGAGAUACAGAAACAGUUUCCUCCUGAAGAGUGUGAUGUCUCCAGGGUGAAGGUACUGGUGCCUGGAGCUGGUCUGGGUCGUCUUGCAUGGGAAAUCGCCUGCCUUGGUUACUCCUGCCAGGGCAACGAGUGGAGCUUCUUCAUGCUUUUCUCCUCCAACUUCAUCCUUAACAGAUGCGAGAAGGAGAACUCCAUGACGUUGUUCCCUUGGGUUCACCAGUUCAGUAACAACAAGAUGUCUGCAGACCAGACAAGAGGUGUGACCUUCCCAGACGUUAACCCCCAAAGUCUCCCGCCUGAUUCCGACUUCUCUAUGACAGCUGGUGAUUUUCUAGAAGUGUAUACAGAUCCAGACACAUGGGAUUGCGUUGCCACUUGUUUUUUCAUCGACACCGCCCACAACGUCCUAGAAUACAUAGAGACCAUCUGGAAUAUUCUUAAACCUGGUGGUGUGUGGAUCAAUUUGGGGCCUCUGCUGUACCACUUUGAGAACAUGGCCAAUGAACUGUCUAUCGAGCUGAGCUACGAAGAAAUAAAGGAGGUCAUGUUGAAAUGCGGCUUUCAGCUCGAGAUGGAGAGAGAGUCAGUGCUCACUACAUACACAGAGAAUGAGCGCUCCAUGCUGAAGUACUUGUAUGACUGUGUGUUUUUCGUGGCGAGGAAACCUGCACCGCUGCUCUCCAACAACCAAAACUGUAAAGACCUUGAGCUUAAAAACUCAAACAACCACUACAACGAUGUGACUUCGGACACCGGGAGCCUUUAGACUUUUAGUCGUUUUAAUGUCUAGAAUAUUGAAUUAGACCCUGUUACAUAUUUUUGCAGGAUUUUUUAUGUUGCAGUUUCAAAACACCACCUUUGUUGGCUCCGCUUCAGUAUGAGAGUUACUCAAGGUCACUAAUAGGACAAGAGGAUGAAAAAAAAAAAAACAAGCAAAAGCCUGGAAAUGUCAGCUACUCCUGGUCAGAGAUGGCUGUGGGGUGUUUGGGAUUUAAACUUUUGUUGAUGCAAAACUGGCUUCCUGAAAGGAACUGGUAGGCCAAGUCGACUAGUGUGUGUUCAAAAUAUGAUUGGGACAUAGCUCUACUGGCAAAACCAAAAAUGCUUAAAAGAUACCUGGAUAUGAAUGCAGCAACUGUAUAUCUCUCUAUAUAUUAUAGCAGUUAUAGUUCAAACACACCACUGCUGUUAAAUUUAACACACUUUUUGAUAUUUCAGUCAGAGUUUAUGCUGUAUGCUAUAUGCUUUGAAGUAUGUUUUGGAGUGUUAACCAAGUCCAUAACUCAGCAUGUUUAGCACAUAAAACCUGGCCAUUAUACAUUACACAUAAUAGCGAACGUUACUCUUUACAUUAAAGCGACUUGCUAUUGCAGCUAUUUCCCUAAACUGACAUGUGAAUGCAAUGCAUUAUGGGUGCGCCCCACAAUCCACUCUAUUCUGCUCCAUGAACCCACUUCAGGCUGCUUUAAAAAUAUAUUUGUAUGUAUAUAGUCAUUUUGAAUGGAGCCCUGGUACAGUUCUUCAGGAAGGAGAGUCACAGUAUGGUGUGGACUAAUAUACAGCACGGGUGUGGGUUCUGUUUUUCAGUCCAACCAAGCAGAUGCCAAACUUAAGUUUCUUGAAAACCAAGAUUCAACUGAUUAAACAGGAAGAAACAGCUGUGGCUCCUGAUGUAUUGGUAUGAAAACCUGCACCCUCACUUUAUGGGAAAGAUCGGACACUCCCGAAGUACUGAUGCACUGUGAGGACUCUGUGUUCCUGUUCAUCCCAAUGCUGGGGGUUGAGGAAUGUGUUCUGUGCAUAACACGAGUUCUUCUCAAAAAAUGUCUUUAUAAAUCUGUGCACAGGCACAUUGUCCUGCUAGAACAGAAUCGGGACAAUUGUUGUGCUUUGUACUUUGAUGCUGUGUGAUGCUCUAGCUCUCACCAACUUUUGGUCAUAUAGUGUAACUAAAACUGAAGGUAUCAAUGUGGUAGUCUCAGUCUGCUUCUAAGUAAUGAUUUGCAGUGAAGUGAGUCAAACAUGUAAUUUGUUCAAGAGAGCCAAAGGAUCGAGCUGUAGUGCUUCAAAAAUGGGAUUGACUCUGGAGAUUUGGACAGAUGGUCAAAAAAUAAAUAAACAAAUAGAAAUGCAACAAGCAAAAAAGCUUAAAGUAGUUAUUUGUACAAGUAUAAGACCAGUUAUCAAAUACCACCUGUGUGUUCUUUGUACAAGGGUGAUUUUUCUUUUUAAGUACCUUUACCCUUGUUUUAUUUCUGACGAAUGAUGGAAAGACUUUUUCAAGGUGUCCUAUGUGUUGCUCAGCCAACUUUUGAUCCAAAAGUAUCAAAUUCUAUCUUAUUCACCUUCAGGCUGGCUUUACACCUACAAAUCUUUUCCAUAAACCUUCCAUAAAUUUCUAUAUAAUCCUAGAAAUUUCUAUAUAAAUCAGCAAGUUGAUUCUCACUACAGUCAAGCUCUCAUGGAAAUAGACUUACCACUGUAACACCACCUGUAACUAUUAGACAUUCUUUUUGAAGUAUCUCACCUAAAUAUCAGUCAUUGUUGAGUUUUUACUGUUUUUCAAACUGAAGAGUGUUGAGAGCUUAUGUGUUCCAUCAUGAAACUCAUGUUCUAACAGCCUAUGUUGUAUUUUUAAUUAUUUAUUCACAUUUCUGAUAUUUGCCAUUGAAUGAUUGAUGCCUUGAACAUUUUUGCUGUCUAAAUUGGAACAGCUCUAAGGAAAUAAGUUGUUUUAAACUUACUGUAUCGUAUCUUUUUUUUAAAAAAUACAAUAAAGGUGUUUUUUUUUUCUCUUUAAAAUGUGAAAUAAAUGACAGCUGUCAUGUCAGUAUAUUUUAAUAAAAUUUUUCCUCUGGGAA